AUGGCUGCAGCGUCGCGGCAGGUGCAAGUGGGCUCCAAACUGCCCGACCUCGUGUGUGAAUCUCAGGUCGGAGUCGUGCGCGCGCAAGACUAUCUAUCGGGUUGCUGGGGCAUCGUCUGCUCCUUCCCGCAAGCCAAGCACCCAGUAUGGCUGUCGGAACUUGGCAUGCUGCAAAAGCUGCACGAUCAGUUCGAGGCACGCAAUGCUCGCGUUCUGGCACUUCACGUAUCCUCGGUGAGGGAGCAGACCCCGUUCCUAGCCGACGUCAACGAGACGCAGGAAGUGAAGCUGGGCUUCCCGGUGAUGGCCGAUGAGGAUGGCGAGUUGUCUCGACGACUGGGACUUGUGGCAGCCGGAGCUCCAAAGCACGCCGCCGACGCAGGGCGUCUGCCUUUCAGCUGCACUAUCCAAGUGGUGACUCCCGUGAACUGGAAGGUGAGCGACGACGUUUUCGUCCAACCUGAUGUCACUGCCGACGCCGCCAAGAAGCUUUUCCCUCAAGGAACCCACGAGAUCAAACCAUACGUGAGACUCACCGCUUCUCCAUCCAUGGGCAAUGACAGCUGA